AUGCCCCAACCAAGGGAUACCCCGGCUCCAUGGCGUGAUAUUCUAGCUUCGCAUCUCCAACAGACUCCAGGCUACGAGUUCAGCCUUGGAACCGUCGAAUAUGACUCCCAAGGCCGUGCAGUUCCCCGUGUUCGCACCUGUGGCCACCGUGGUUUUUUCCCGGAGCUUCAACUCCAUCCAAGUGGGCAAGAGGACAUGAAGCAGCAGGUCGAGAAUGGUGGAAAUCCUCAUAUCUACGAAAGUGAUAUGUUGACCUUUACAACGGACAUUCGGAUGGAGAAGCUACCCCAAAUUGACGCAGCUGGACAUGCCGUUGAGGGUGUAUUCUGGCUGAAAGACUUGAUGACCCAGUGGCGAGUCAAAGGAAGGGCCUUUGCUUUUGGAAACCCUGCUGGUGAAGAUGAUAUUGAAGAGUUGGUCUCUAGGGAGAAGGUUAAAGAAUGGCUGCGAGCCAAACAGCACGUCGAUGGAGACAUUAAGGAGUGGACCUGGGAGAAGGCUGUGACAGAGUAUUUUGCAAACCACUCUCCAAUGAUGCGAGGUAUGUAG